AUGCCUCUCUCGCAUCUCACCCUGACUGUCUCCCACCUGCCCACCUCAACAUCCUUCUUCCUGUCCUGUCUCCAGCCCCUGGGUUACCAAUUUAUUGGUCGAGUAGAAGAGUAUAUCGGGUUCGGCCAGAAGGCAGGUGCACCGGCCGAUUUCUGGAUCACCGAACAAAAGCACGGUCUCGCAGUCAGCGCAGUCCAUGUCGCAUUCCCAGCCCCUUCGAAAGAAGCCGUUCAGUCAUUCGUUUACGCCGCGGUAAAAGCUGGCGCUAAGCUACAUGGCGAGCCUCGAGAACGGGAUUCAAUAUCGGGUUACUACAGCGCGGCCGUGAUUGACCUCGAUGGGAAUAGCGUCGAAGCGGUGUACCGCCCUGGUGCUUCGGUCGUUGCGUCAGAAGCUGGAGGACCGACGAUAGCGCUCCUGGAGAAUCGGUCGGUUGUGUCCAAGAGCAGAGCCAGCACUGUCAAGGCUGAGAGCGUUGCGCCUUCCAGGUCCGAGGCUAGGUCUUGUGCUGUUUCGAAGGCCCCGACUGCUAUCUCGAAAGCCCCGACUGCAGUCUCGAAAGCUGCACCAAGUGCUGUUUCCCACAGGUCUCAGGGUCCGCCGCCUUCUUAUACGACACAAACGGCCCAGAAAGCCGACGAUGGUGCUAGGGCAGCCAAAACCAUUGUGGGAACUCUGAUCGGUGCAGCUGCUGGUGCGGCCAUUGCAUAUGCAAUGGUAAAGGGUGACUCCCAGUCAACCAAGGAGGGCACCAAGGAAGCUCCGCAAUAUACACCCGAAUCCCACCAGCUUAUGGCGGCGCCGUCCCAGGUUUCUUCUCACAGGGAGGACCAAUAUCAACAGCAAUUGAGGGCCAUCGAGGCUCCUCCAACUCGGAGCGUCUACACCAGCGCAUCAGGCCCCAGAUCUACGGUCACGCGCAGCGUCAGCUCCAAGAACCCGCGUGCCAGUACCAUCUAUGAAGGCACCGGGUUCUUCCUCGACGAGAGCGGUCGACGCGCCUCGGACGGAAGCGUCUUCAGUAUCCCCGAGGACAUGCCUCUACGAGCAAUCGAGUAUCCCCCACCGAGCCACAGCUCGCAGCAGCGCCACCCAUGCAGCCCGAGCACCUUCAUCAGCAGUUACGCAGCGGACAAGCCGCGGGCCGGCAGUGUGCACUCCGCAUCAACGAUCAAAGCAUCGCAACACAGCAUCCAAAGACGACACAGCCACGACGACAGAGAUACGUAUUCAUCGCACAGCAAACACUCCCAGAUCUACCGCGCCAGCUCCAGCCACCACUCCUCCAAAUCACAAUCCAAAGGCCUCGACAAUGGCAGCACAACCUCAUCCAACCGCACUGCGCGGAACAUCCCACUGCCAACCGGGUCCUCCGCCACAUACUAUAGCGCGAGCCCAAGCCACGGCAACAAAUCGUACGUCUCAGCACGCGAGGUACCCCUCCCCGACAGCGUGAUCGACCUGGACGUCAACUCGCACGUCACACCGGACGACUCGAUCAGUCAGGUUGGAAGCCGCCCGGGCCGAUCCAGCCACUCCCAUCGCUCUAGCCAUUCGAAGACUUCGAAGCACUCGUCCAGAUCGAAGAUGGACGAGCCUGUCAGGCCGGCUGAUAGUAUAAGCCAGGUCUCGCGGGCGUCACAGCGCACUAUCAAGGCUGGUGGAAGUAAGGCACCGAGUCGACAGGGGAGCCAGGUUGCGUUUUAA